AGAAGAGCCAAUCAUCAUCAGCCGGUCACACUGACAGCCGGUGUCAUGUUUGAGAGGGAGGAGGAGAGGAGGCACAGAGCGGAGGAGCGACUGUAGUAAGACGUUGGUGCAACAAGUGCGGAACAAAGUGCGGGUGUUGAACCCUCUCACCGGGAAAAGAGUGGGUGUUGAAUCCCCCACGACCCCCACGGGUGCGACGCCCCUGAUGACGGCACAUUUCGCCCAAAAGGUUUUCAGGGAGCAGAUGAUCUGCAGCAUCCUGGUGAUCUUCAUCCUGACCUCCUGUGUCUGUGCAGGGUCAUUUGUAGUGAAUGUGACACAGAGCUGGUAUCAGGCAGAGGAGAACCACAACAUCUCACUGGAAUGGAUGUUCCCCACCAGCACGGACCACUCCAACAACUCCCUUCAUAUCUCCUGUAAGAUGUUGACUCCUAAGAGACCCUUUGUCCUGUUUGAGCUACAUGAAGGUGUCGAGUCCCCAGAGGAUCGGGAUGAACGCUUUGCAGGACGAGUCCAGUGGGACAAAGACGUCUUUAGAGAAGGACGACUCAGACUUGACAUCUCCAGACUCCAGACUGAUGACUCUGGGCGGUACUCAUGUGAUGUGUUCACAAGUUAUGGAAAUAACUUUAAGGAAUGUCACCUCAACGUCACUGCAGUGAAGGAUCGACCAGAACCUGAGACAACCAGUGAUACCAGUCUGAGAGGAGACCCUCGGGGAAGGAUGGGCCUCUACUGUGCACUGGGACUGGGAGCAGCUCUACUGGUUGUUUUUGUUUUAUCUCUGCACUGCAAAAAAUGUUUUCAUCAGCAGAACAAACUAUCCAUCAUCCAAGGAGUCUGAGUUGUUCGGACUGACAUCCACCUGAAACACAUCUGUCUCAGGUGGCACUAUCAGCCUGAUGUACUAUAAAGUACUACCAGCCUGAGGUAUUACGAGGUACUACCUGCCUGAUGUACUACCAGGCACUACCUGCCUGAUGUACUAUUAGCCUGAUGUACUACCAGGCACUACCUGCCUGAAGUACUACCAGCCUGAAGUAUUACGAAGCACUACCAGCCUGAAGUAUUACAAAGCACUACCAGCUGAAGUAUUACGAAGCACUACCAGCCUAAUAUACUAUCAGGCACUACCAGCCUGAAGUAAUAUUAGCCUGAAGUACUAUAAAGUACUACCAGCCUGAAGUAUUACGAAGCACUACCAGCUGAAGUAUUACGAAGCACUACCAGCCUAAUAUACUAUCGGGCACUACCAGCCUGAAGUACUAUUAGCCUGAUGUAUUACGAGGCACUACCUGCCUGAUGUACUACCAGGCACUACCUGCCUGAAGUAAUAUUAGCCUGAAGUACUAUAAAGUACUACCAGCCUGAAGUAUUACGAAGCACUACCAGCUGAAGUAUUACGAAGCACUACCAGCCUAAUAUACUAUCGGGCACUACCAGCCUGAAGUACUAUUAGCCUGAUGUAUUACGAGGCACUACCUGCCUGAUGUACUACCAGGCACUACCUGCCUGAAGUAAUAUUAGCCUGAAGUACUAUAAAGUACUACCAGCCUGAAGUAUUACGAAGCACUACCAGCUGAAGUAUUACGAAGCACUACCAGCCUAAUAUACUAUCGGGCACUACCAGCCUGAAGUACUAUUAGCCUGAUGUAUUACGAGGCACUACCUGCCUGAUGUACUACCAGGCACUACCUGCCUGAAGUAAUAUUAGCCCAAAGUACUAUAAAGUACUACCAGCCUGAAGUAUUGCAAAGCACUACCAGCCUAAUGUACUAUCGGGCACUACCAGCCUGAAGUACUAUUAGCCUGAUGUAUUACGAGGCACUACCUGCCUGAUGUACUAUCAGGCACUACCUGCCUGAUGUACUAUUAGCCUGAUGUACUACCAGGCACUACCUGCCUGAAGUACUACCAGCCUGAAGUAUUACGAAGCACUACCAGCCUGAAGUAUUACAAAGCACUACCAGCUGAAGUAUUACGAAGCACUACCAGCCUAAUAUACUAUCGGGCACUACCAGCCUGAAGUACUAUUCGCCUGAUGUAUUACGAGGCACUACCUGCCUGAUGUACUAUUAGCCUGAUGUACUACCAGGCACUACCUGCCUGAUGUACCUGCCUGAUGUACUAUCAGGCACUACCUGCCUGAUGUACUAUUAGCCUGAUGUACUACCAGGCACUACCUGCCUGAAGUACUACCAGCCUGAAGUAUUACGAAGCACUACCAGCCUGAAGUAUUACGAAGCACUAGCAGCUGAAGUAUUACGAAGCACUACCAGCCUGACGUACUAUAAAGUACUACCAGCCUGAAGUAUUGCGAAGCACUACCAGCUCAAGUAUUACGAAGCACUACCAGCCUAAUAUACUAUCGGGCACUACCAGCCUGAUGUACUAUUAGCCUGAUGUACUACCAGGCACUACCUGCCUGAUGUACUAUCAGGCACUACGAGCCUGAAGUAAUAUUAGCCUGAAGUACUAUAAAGUACUACCAGCCUGAAGUAUUACGAAGCACUACCAGCCUGACGUACUAUAAAGUACUACCAGCCUGAAGUAUUACGAAGCACUACCAGCCUAAUGUACUAUCAGGCACUAAUAGCCUGAAGUACUAUUAGCCUGAUGUACUACCAGGCACUACCAGCCUGAAGUACUAUCAGGCACUACUAGCCUGAAGUACUAUUAGCCUGAAGUACUAUAAAGUACUACCAGCCUAAUGUACUACGAGGCACUACCAGCCUGAUGUACUAUCAGGCACUACCAGCCUGAAGUACUAUUAGCCUGAUGUACUACCAGGCACUACCAGUCUGAAGUAUUACAAAGUACUACCAGCCUGAUUUCCGCUGUUUGCGUCACAGAACUCACCUGGUUCUGUUUUGUUAAACAAAUAUUUUUUCGUUCACUUUGCAUGUGUAUUCAAGUGUUUUCGUUGAAAUUUUACUACUGAAAUCGGCAAUUGAAAUUAAAUAAAAUUGUAAUGUGCAAAAUUUCACUGGAAAUCCAAGAUGUAUUCAAAAUGAAGGAAAACAUGCAUAAUGAAAUUAAAUAUAUACAUACUUACAUAAGUCUGCUGUAUUUACUAAGUUUAGGUCAACAUUGGAGUUGAUCUGCAUGAUUCUUUGCGGGGAAACUCAAUUUCAAAG